CAAACUUAGUAUUUUCAUCAUUAUUAAGGCAAAAAAUGUAAAGAAAUAACAUAAAAAAUUACUUUUCGCAAUUAAACUUUUCUUGUCUUUUAUCUAGCAUGUUAAAAAGAGGAUUAAUAAUAUAAAUCCAAAUAUUUAUUAUGUACUACAGCCUGUCACUGGCCGAGAUUGCCUCCAUGAGCCUCCUCCAUCUGACACUGUCUGGAGCAAUAGAUUGUCAUCAGUUGACUUCCAGAUUCCUAAGAUCUCUCUCAACAGAAUCAGUACAGAUAAUGACUGUGAAGUGCUUUUCUUGUGAUGAAUGUGAGAUGGUAUAUGCUUCAAAUUCUGCACUAUCUCGUCAUAAAAAGUGGCACAAAGGUGAAAAUCCACACCAUCGAUUUAAAUGCGAGCUCUGCUUGUAUUCAACAGACUCUAGGAAGGACUUCAAAAGGCAUAGCUUCAUUCAUUCAGGUGAACGUCCAUUCACGUGUACUCUUUGUGGUAGAGGUUUUACUCGCAAUAAUCAUCUAAAGCGUCACAUGCUCACGCACAGUGCGAGCAUUCCUUACCACUGUCACAUGUGUCCAAAAUCUUUUCGUCGGUCUGACCUUCUAGCCACACACAUUCAAAAGCAUCGAGACGAUGAAAAUGCAAUGACAAUACUUACAUCAGGGAGUAAGAUAACUUAGCCAGUGGUCAGCCACAUAUAACUUUAUAAAGAUGAAGGUGAAAAGAUUUCUGUAUUGAUGCCAGGAGAGAGUAAAAAUGAUUUUUAAAUUGCUCUUUUUCAUAUAAUAAUGCUUAAUUAAACAGUAGAAAAAAUAAUUUUCUCAAUUUUUUUUUUUUUUUUUUUUUUUUUACUAUAAUAGUAGGCUAGUAAUUCUCAGUUUGUUAUAAACAUACAAUUUUUGUUUUUUCAUUAUUCACAUUUUGACAGUGACUUAGAAUUAUAAUAUGGAGCUUUUACUGUACUUUCAUACCAGAGAGGCUGUUCUUUUACAGAUGAUUUUUUUUUUAAACAUAAAGAAGUGUAUAAGUAAAAAAACUGAUGUCUUUGAAGAAGGUGGUUUUGCAUAGAAGUUUCACUGUAUAAUCAUGUUUCAUUUAUUAGAAAGAAGUUUCAUAUAAUUUCUUUCUUACAUAUGUAAAAUAUGGUUUAUAUGUUUAAAUUGAUGAUAAAAUUCCAUAAACAUUAUUAAUAACUGAAAUAUAUCUUUGCUUAGUACAUGUUUUAAAUUGUGUUUUUAAAAGUUUUAAACAUGUUUAAAAUUUCUAAAAAAAAGAAUUUGAAAUUUUUAAGUGGAUUUUUUUCCUUGUUGCAUUUUUAUUAUGUAAUUUUAAAAGUUAUAGCUCAAUUUUAAUUUGGGAUGCAUCAAAUAUUUUGUCACUAUUUGGUUUUCAGCAUUUAUUUAUCAAUAAUUCCAAUUUAUCACUGUAUUUAACAAGGUUGAUCAUAACUUUAAAUUCAUCUAUCUUAUUACCAUUAAAAAUAUUUAAUAUUAAUUUUUAUUGAAAACUUAUUUUAAUGAAAAUUAAAUAUUUGGUGACAGAAUAUUUGUUAAUUUGCCAACUUCUGCGUAUCCUUAAAUUUAAUGCUCUUUGUUUGUUUUAAUCCCCAUUCAUUAUCCUUGUUUUAUAGAAAAAAAUUAUUUAUUUUCCAAUCUGUUGUAAGUUUAGAAAAAUAAAUUGUCUCAUGUGUAUUACAUUUA